UACUUUGUGAUUGGACCUAAGUGCUACUUGCAGUAUGGUAUCGUAUUAUAUUGGACUACAAAAGUGCUUUUUUGAAUUUCAAAGCAAUUUCAUGGGAAGUAGCUAGCUAACUACUUGUUCUGUUGGUGAAUUGGAAGUAUCAACGAAGGGCCAUGGACCUGAAUGAUACCAACCUGCAAACUCUGACCGAGUUUCUCCGGAAAACUCUUGAUCCGAAUCCCUCUGUCAGACGACCAGCGGAGAAGUUUCUUGAGUCUGUGGAAGGCAAUCAGAACUACCCAAUCCUGCUACUCAAACUGCUGGAACAAUCCCAGGAUAAUGUGAUCAGAGUCUGUGCUGCAGUCACUUUCAAGAACUACAUCAAGAGGAACUGGCGCAUUAUUGAAGAUGAACCAAACAAAAUCUCAGAUGUGGACAGAUCUACCAUCAAAGCCAACAUUGUAAAUUUGAUGUUGACAAGCCCAGAGCAGAUUCAGAAACAGCUGAGUGAUGCCAUCAGCAUUAUUGGCCGUGAGGACUUCCCUCAGAAGUGGCCGGAGCUCCUGAAGGAUAUGGUGACGCGCUUUCAGAGUGGAGAUUUCCAUGUAAUCAAUGGUGUCCUGCGCACUGCUCACUCACUCUUUAAGAGGUAUCGACAUGAGUUUAAGUCUAAUGAGCUUUGGUUGGAGAUUAAACUGGUGCUGGACACAUUUGCCCAACCUUUGACUGUGCUCUUUAAGGCUACAAUUGAACUGUGUCAGAACCACGCUUCGGACGUCAAUGCCCUGAAGGUCCUCUUCUCCUCCCUUACACUCAUCGCCAAGCUUUUCUACAGCCUCAAUUUCCAGGAUCUUCCAGAGUUUUUUGAAGAUAACAUGGAAACCUGGAUGACACAUUUCCACAGCUUGCUGACUUUGGACAACAAGCUCCUCCAAACAGACGAUGAGGAGGAGGCUGGCCUCCUGGAGCUGCUCAAGUCUCAGAUCUGCGACAAUGCGGCCCUAUACGCACAGAAGUACGACGAGGAGUUCCAGCCCUACCUGCCCCGCUUCGUCACCGCCAUCUGGAACCUGCUGGUCACCACAGGGCAGGAGGUCAAAUACGACCUGCUAGUGAGCAAUGCAAUUCAGUUCCUGGCGUCUGUUUGUGAGAGGCCGCACUACAAGAACCUGUUUGAGGACCAGAGUAUUUUGACCAGCAUUUGUGAGAAGGUCAUCGUUCCCAACAUGGAGUUCAGAAGUGCUGAUGAGGAGGCUUUUGAAGAUAACCCAGAGGAGUACAUCAGGAGAGACCUGGAGGGCUCAGACAUAGACACACGCCGCAGGGCCGCCUGUGACCUCGUGCGGGGCCUCUGCAAGUUCUUCGAGGGCCCAGUCACCACCAUCUUCUCUGGCUAUGUCAGCUCCAUGCUAGCCGAGUACGGCAAGAACCCCGGCCUCAACUGGAAGCACAAGGACGCUGCCAUCUUUCUUGUGACAUCACUGGCUUCCAAGGCACAGACACAGAAGCAUGGAAUAACUCAAGCCAAUGAACUGGUGAACGUCACAGAGUUCUUUGUGAACCACAUUCUCACCGACCUGAAGUCACGAAACAUUAACGAGUUUCCAGUAUUGAAGACUGAUGCUAUUAAAUAUGUCAUGAUCUUCAGGAGUCAGCUCCCGAAAGAGCACCUCCUCCAGGCUGUCCCACUGCUGUUGGCUCACCUGGAGGCGGAGAGCACAGUGGAGCACACCUACGCUGCUCACGCCCUGGAGAGGCUGUUCACCAUGAGAGGCCCCGACUCCACUACCCUUAUCACACCUGGGGAGAUGGCCCCUUUUACAGAACCGCUGCUCAACAACCUGUUCAAGGCCCUGGCGCUGCCUGGCUCCACAGAGAACGAGUACAUCAUGAAAGCAAUCAUGCGAAGCUUCUCCCUCCUUCAAGACGCCGUAGUUCCAUACGUGCCCACUCUGAUUGGUCAGCUCACUCACAAGCUCCUCCUUGUUAGCAAGAACCCCAGCAAGCCUCACUUUAACCACUACCUGUUUGAGUCCCUGUGCCUGUCCGUGAGGAUCACCUGUAAGGCCAACCCAGCUACAGCGGGCAGUUUUGAGGAGGCCCUGUUCCCCGUUUUCACCGAGAUCCUGCAGAACGACGUGCAGGAGUUUGUGCCGUACGUGUUCCAGGUGAUGUCCCUGUUGCUGGAGAUCCACACCGGCUCCACCACCUCCACCUACAUGGCCCUGUUCCCCCACCUCCUGCAGCCCGUGCUGUGGGAGCGCACGGGCAACAUCCCCCCGCUGGUGCGCCUCCUGCAGGCCUACCUGCUGAAAGGAGGCGCCGCCAUCGCUAGCUCCGCCGCGGACAAGAUACCAGGUCUGCUGGGGGUGUUCCAGAAGCUUCUUGCUUCCAAAGCCAAUGACCACCAGGGGUUCUACCUGCUCAACAGCAUCAUCGAACACAUGCCCCCAGAAUCCAUCACUCAGUACAGGAAGCAGAUCUUCAUUCUGCUGUUCCAAAGGCUGCAGAGCUCCAAAACCACCAAGUUCAUCAAGGGUUUCCUGGUCUUCAUCAGUCUGUACUGUGUGAAGUAUGGAGCUAUCGCCUUGCAGGAGAUAUUUGACAGCAUACAGCCAAAGAUGUUCGGCAUGGUGCUGGAGAAGAUCGUCAUUCCAGAGGUUCAGAAGGUGUCGGGCCAGGUGGACCGGAAGAUCUGUGCUGUUGGCAUCACCAAGAUUUUGACGGAAUGCCCAUCAAUGAUGGACACAGAAUACACCAAGCUCUGGCCUCCCCUACUGCAGGCUCUGAUUGGUCUAUUUGAGUUGCCUGAAGAUGACAGCACCCCUGACGAUGAGCAUUUCAUCGACAUCGAGGAAACCGCAGGAUACCAGACUGCCUUCUCUCAGCUGGCCUUUGCCGGGAAGAAGGAGCACGACCCCAUCGGUGACACCAUCACUAAUCCCAAAAUCAUGCUAGCACAGUCCCUGCACAAGCUGUCCACGGCCUGCCCAGGACGGGUCCCCUCCAUGUUGGGCACCAGCCUAAAUGCAGAGGCUCUGCAGUUCCUGCAGGGAUACCUCCAGGCAGCCAGUGUGCAGCUGGUGUAAUCGAGGAGAUGCUCCAACGCUCAUGACUAAGCACCGUCACUGGGAUCCCAGGAUGGAUUGGAUACAAAUGGACUACGGAGAGGAACAAAAAAAAUAUGGCAACUAUCAACUGAUCAUCGGCAGAGUAUCUGUCCUUCAGGACCUGGACUUGUACCGAGAGCUUCCACUUCCUGAGCACAUGGGGGAAAUCGUGCUUUCAGUGGAUCUGCAUAAUGGCCCAUCAGUCUUUUCCUUUGCAGCAUGAAAUAAGCCAUGCACAAACAUUAUGUACUUACUGUUUUCAGCAUUAAAUAAAAACAAUUGAACAUGGA